AUGGAGGCUUUGCUGGAAGGAAUGCAAAGAGAUGGGCAGGGGAGCGGUGGGUUCUUGACUUCCUGUGAGGCUGAGCUGCAGGAGCUGAUGAAGCAGAUAGACAUUAUGGUGGCUCACAAGAAAUCUGAAUGGGAAGGACAGACACAGGCUUUGGAAGCUUGCCUGAGUGUUCGAGAGAAGGAACUUUCCUCUGCCAGGGCUGCUUUGCAGGAAAAAUAUGAGGAGGUUGCCACAUUGCGUCACCAGGUAGAAGACAUAGAAAAAGCCAAACAGGACAUGGUUAGAGAAUAUGAACAACAGCUGAAGAAAUUUCAAGAGGAGUUGUCGAGGCUGAGGAGGAGCUAUGAGAAGCUGCAGAAGAAACAACCAAGAGAACCUAGAGGAGAAGCUAACAAGAAACAAGGGGAGGACCACUUUGAAAUGAGCCGACUGACUAGUAAGCUGGAGGAGUUCCGUCAAAAAUCACUUGACUGGGAGAAACAGCGCUUGCUUUACCAGCAGCAGGUGGCAUCACUGGAAGCACAGAGGAAGGCUUUGGCUGAGCAGUCUGAGCUCAUUCAGACUCAGCUUGCAAAUCGGAAGCAGAUUCUGGAGUCGGUGGAGCUGGCCAGCCGAUCGGAAAUCCAGCAUUUAACGAGCAAGCUGGAGAGGGCCAAUGCUGCUAUCUGUGCCAAGGAGAUGGAGGUGGAGAGGCUUAACAUGACAGUCGAUGACCUGACUAAACACAAUCAGAUGAUUCUGGAAGAUCAGCAAAGAGUUCAAGAAGAAUUAAGGCAAUCCAAGAAAAUGUUAGAGGUGCUACGGGAUGAGAAGAUGGAACUUCGAGCCACCUUGCGGUCUCAGGAAGAUUUCAUCGACAGCUCCAAGCUGCACCACGAACAGUUACAGAAACAGCUGGCCAGGGUGACUGAAACUCUUCGCACCAAAGAAGUCCUCAUCAGGGCCUUGGAAGAAUGCCAGCAAGAGAAACAAUUGUCUUCUCCGGGGCUGGAGCUGGAGCAUAUGCUACUGCAGCUGGAUGUUGCCCAGAAGAAGGAACAGUACUUACAGUCAGAGGUUACCCAUCUUGAGAACAGUUUUACAUUUGUAAAUGCAAGGUGUGUACAGCUGAGUGAAGAGCUGGAUGAAAGUAUCAAAGAGCUGCAGUCAAUGGAAGAAUGCUAUACUGAGUCAAAGGCAGAGAUUAAAAAGCUGAAAGAGCAGCUCUCUCAAGCUGAACAAACUCACAGCAGUGAGCUAGAAGGGAUGAAAAGGGAAAUCUUCAGGUUGAUACAAGAGUUACACCAGCGGGACAUCACAAUUGCAUCUGCCAGUGGCUCCACAUCAGAACUAGAACAACGGCUGAGAACAGAGAUUGAAAGAGCAGAGAGGAAAGCGGUGGAGCACAGGGUAAUUCUGGUCCAGCUGGAAACCUUGAGGCUGGAGAAUCGUCAUCUCUCAGAGAUGCUGGAAAAAACGGAGUGUGGUAUGCUAGAGGGAAAAGAUGUCACCCUAAGAGCACUCAGUGAAGACUAUGCUGUUGAGCUAAAUAAAUUAAAAUCUGAGAACCAGCAGUUGUGGAAGGAUCUAGCAGAGGCCAGAGCAAAACUGGAGCUCGCUCAGCAGGACUGCCAGGAUGAUCCUAAGGGCACUGCUCAGCAGAUGCAAGAUGAGGAGCCUGAGGCCAAGGGUGUGCAGUACAGGACAACUCAGGAAGCACAGCACAAACAUGAUGAAAAAGCAGAGAGAAUAUGUCAGAAGCCUGAUGGGACGGUUCCGCAUCAAGUCCCAGAGAUGGGGGGUGCUGAAACAGGAACUGUGACCCCUGAGACGGGUGAGCUACCCACCCAAACCAGCAGGAAGAACUGCAUGGAGUCACUUGCUUUGGGUGCCUUGCUGGGAAUGGAUUCUUUGGUCCCUGUGCUGGAUGGAAACAAAAAUUUCGCGGAUGAAGCAUCUGAACAGUCCAUCUCAGAUCAUCAGAGAGAAUCUGUGCCUUUGUGCCCCCUGCCUACAGCUUCAGUUGGAUUGAUAGCUGCACGGUACUUGGAAGAGGAAGAACUGAGGUCCCAGCACGUCAUGGAGUGCCUAAAUGCUCACAUUGAGGAACUGAAAAAAGAGAGUGAAAAGAUAGUGAGACAGUUUGGACACCAGGAGUAA